AUGGAUCCGGCCUACUUCGGAAUGCAGGUUGCGCAAGAACUCACCGAGGCGUACUACUCCACGAACACUUUCUACGUCACGUCGGAUGAGGAGAUGGCCAAGCUAUUCAAAGCCGACCCUUUCGAGAUGGGUACAAAGCCAUACGAGCUAAUCCGCAAGUUCACGCUUGCAUUCAACUUCUACGAGACGAACCUAGAGAGCAAGGACGAACUAAUGGCUAUGUACAAUAACCUUCAACUGCUCAAGCUGUUGCCUACAAAGCGGAAUCACGAGAUCUGCAUCCGCCUCGAGACAUCCUUCCACGCGUGGGGAAACAAGCCCUAUCCUUAUUCAAUGGAGGACAGGCGAGUCAUGCUCAACAUCCUCGAGCUGCUCAGGCAGCCCGUAUAUGAUCUCAUACAUAGAGGCAAAGCGGUUCGAGUCUUCCAUGCAAAUCUUGACCAUAUGGAGGACCCGAGUUGGAGGCAGGUCAGUGAUGUUUCCGUGAGAUACCUCAUUAAUCCCACGAGAGGCCGGGGUAAGUGGUGGCCAAAGGGUCAAUUAUUCGGUAUGACGGAGGAGGAGUGGCGAAAGGAGAAACAAGACGGUGACGCGGAUCCAAAAGGGCAUUUCAUCUUCCGUCCACGUGCUGAGGAGGACGAGCAAGAAGCAGCCAACGCAGACAAUGCGAACAACAAUGCAGACAACGCAAAUAACGCAGACGACGACGACGAUGAAUACCCCGGCAUGCCAUACUUUCUUGGAUCCGAGUUCCAGCGACACCUCACACUCGACGACGAAACCACGCUCAAAGUGCGCGAAGCCUUCAGAAGGCGGUGGAACGACCAGGAUGCUCUGACGAGAUUUGUGUACAGCAUGGACCGUAAACACAACAGAGACUUUGAAGGGCCGUAUGGAUGGGAGAACAAAUUCUGCAAUCGACGACGAGCCCCCUAG